AUACAAAGAUUGAAAAAAAAAACCAUGGAAAUUUAAAUGAUAGAGUUGUGUUAGAAGCACAUUUAUAGCAUUUUGUCAACCAAGCCUAUUAGCGUUAUAGGUGCAAGAGACUGUAAACAACUGAACAAGGUCGGGCCGGACUAGGACCUUCACUUUUUGUCCUUGGGCCGGGUCGGACCAUAAAAUUUUGAAUACUGGUCGGGUCUGACCUCAAGUAUUCUUUGCCAGGCUGGUGGGUCGGACAGGAAUUUUCGGCUCGUGCCGGUCUCUGUUCUGGACUACAAAAUAUAUAACAAAAGUAACCACUGACUAGUGGGAAACAGAUAAUAUUUUUAAAAGACAAACCAGUCGAUAACUACUUGUAAAAAUCACCUUUAAAAAUGAGGAUUGUUUGUUGUUCAGAUUUUCUGUUGCUAUUUAACAUUUUCUACCGUUCAGUUCCCCGGCCGCCAUACCAGUAGCAAAAUCGAAAUUACCGCAUGAUAACCGCGGCAGAGGUGCAACUGAUACCGGUAUGAAUCAUAAGGCCGACCGGUAUACCGGUAUCGGUAUGAAUUAUAACGGCGACCGGUAUACCGGCAUGAAUUAUGACGAUGAUCGGUAUAUCGGCAUUAGCAAAACACGAUCAAGACAAGCCGGUGCCGACCGGUACCGAUACGAAAUAACAGGUUUCUACCGAGGUGUACUGGCAAAUUUUGUUGUACAAUCUUGUAGUCAGACAUCAUUUUAUGGGUCAUAUGGAUCAUCAAUUCGUUGUUUAAAUGGAGAUAUAGCGUUUCCAACAUACUCUCACAGUUUUAUCGCAGGAUGUAUUGGUGGUGCAGUGCAAGCUGUUCCUUCUUGCAUAUUUGAAUUACUAAAAAUUCGUCUUCAAACGACAAGUAGAGAUCAAGUAGCCAACAUGUUUGUUUUAUGUCGUCAUCUAAUGGCACGGGAUGGACCAAGGUGUCUUUUUGUCGGGUUUCAUGCUACGCUAUGGCGAGAUAGUCCAACAUAUGGUAUUUACAUGAUAACCUAUGAAUUCUGUAAACGUUCGAUUGAUAAACAUACGAAAAACGAAUUUUUGGCUUCUUUUGUUGCCGGUGGCAUUAGUGGUGUGGUAGCAUGGACUAUUGCAAUGCCUGUAGAUACUGUAAAAAGUAAACAACAAGCAGGACAUACGAAACUUGGUCUGGUACCUUGUUUAUCGGAAAUUUACCAUAAGAGCGGUGCAUACGCCUUAUAUUGUGGUUGGACUGCAACAGCUUCCCGUGCGUUUAUUCUAAACGCGGUAUCUCUUUUGGUAUGGGACCAAAUGAGAAAAUAUUUGAGCACAAAAUGA